AUGAGAGCUAAUAAUCGUCUUGCAUCUGUAAUUGGAAAUUUACGUGAAAUAAAGGAAACAAAUGUAAUAAUGAAAAUAAAAAAAAUAGCUUUUGUUUAAAGUUACAAACACUUUCUAAAAAACAAUCAAUGAGGACUCUGAUAUGAUUAGAUAGAGAUGCAUGUAGAUUUUAACGAUAGAACCAGAGAAAAGAUCUAUCAUAUAAGCUAAAUAUGUUCAAAAAUAUUUUGAGAGAGAGUUUGCAUAUUUUUCGUAAAAUUGUAAAUAAGUCUAGUAAAAUAAGAGGAUAAUUGCCAGAUGAUCUAUACAUUAGAAUUUUUAAAGACUUAUAGCUCGAAAGAAGUAAUGCAGCUGAGGUUGUAUUUAACAUUGGAGACAUUGGAAGAAAAAUGUACUUUAUAAUUGAUGGAGAAGUAGCUAUUCUAAUUCCUAUGUAAGAUUAGUAACAUCAUGAUACUCAACAUCAUCACUAAAGAAGUAAGUGUAUAUUUAGAUUGUAAGAGUCACUGAUAGUUAAGAAAUUUGAUGAUAUACUGAAACAUAAGUAUGCACAAUAUAAAUUAAUUGCGAUAAAAAGUAAAAAUGACUAUUUUGGAGAGAUCGCAAUCGAAUAGAGGAUUCCAAGGACAGCCUCAGUUGUAACUAAAUCUGAAUGUAUUUUUGCCACUUUGUCUUAUGAUUCAUAUUAGAGAGUAUUAGGGUAAUAUUAAGAGAAGAUCUUGGAAGAAAAAUUGUUAUUUAUCAAGAGUACACCACCAUUCAAAAAUUGGAGUUAAUCAGGCUAACUAAUUUUAUUACACAGUUGUUAAGAAAUAAGUUUUGAGGCAGGAUCUUUUGUUUAUAAAAGGGGAUAAAAGGGGGAUACUGUAUAUUUAAUUAAAGAAGGAGAAAUACUGAUUGAAAAAUGGGAUAAAUAAUAAUCUGUUACAUAAGAAGGAGAUAUUUAUUUGAAAAAGAACAUUAUUGUUAUUGGUUUAUAUUCAACUGGAUAAAUUUUUGGAGAUUACGAAGUUUAUUAAACAAAUAUGAAAUGUAGACAUUUGACCAGAGUGACUUAAGCUAAGGCAAGAGUUAAAACUGUUGUUUUAGCUCUAUCAAUAUCAUAGUAUAUUGAUAAUAUGAGGUUGAAUGAGAGAGAUUGUUGGAUUAAAGAUUAUUUUGAGUAAAAGUUUAACAAAAAAUGGUUAAAUAAACCAGAAAUCUAGACCUCAUCUGUUAGCAAGAGUCCAAAUCCAUCAAACAAUAAAUAAUUUAUCAAAAGUAGAGAGGAUGGAAGAUAAGCUUUGAAAGUCUCUUUAUCUAAUAAUUAUUUUGAAGAACUUGAUUUAGAUAAAAAAGAUUCAAAGGAUAUCUAAAUGUUGUCUCCAACAUAAUUACAUUCUUAGAGUAAGAGCAAUAAAACUAUGAGAAAAUUCUUGAGUUUAUAAGGAAAUUUGUUUAAAACUCAAUAAACUUAUGAAGCCCCUUCUAUGGAUAUAAUUAUUAAAUAACUUAAAAAUAAAGUUAUUAAGAGUAGAGAUAACUUGACUAACGAAUCAAAUUUUGAUAUUUCACAGAGCAAAUUUUAUUCUGUAAAGAAACCAAGUGCUUCUAAACUUAAAAUUGGUUUAUCAUUUAAAUCAUUUAGAGAAGGAGAACGUAAUAAGUCUAAAUUUUUAGACUGA